UGUCGCGCGCGAGUCGGGCUAUUCCGCGUUAUUCCUCCGUCGUGUCGUCGCGGGAUGAACCGGGAUUCAAUCAUGACGGAGACGCGCGUUUCGCGUUGGUACUUCGGAGGUAUUGCCUCGUGCGCGGCCGCCUGUUGCACUCAUCCGCUGGACUUAAUAAAGGUUCAUCUGCAAACCCAGCAGGAGGUGAAGAUGAGGAUGACCGGCAUGGCGAUGCAGGUGGUGCGCAGUGAUGGGGUGCUAGCACUCUACAAUGGGCUCAGUGCUUCGCUCUGCAGGCAGAUGACUUACUCAAUGACCCGCUUUGCCAUUUAUGAAACCGUGAGAGACAAGAUAUCUAGUCAAAACCAGGGGCCCAUGCCCUUCUACCAGAAGAUCUUGCUGGCUGCUUUUGGAGGUCUUACUGGUGGGUUUAUUGGUACACCAGCAGACAUGGUUAAUGUCAGAAUGCAGAAUGAUGUGAAGUUGCCACCCGAGUUAAGAAGAAACUAUGCACAUGCUCUUGAUGGAUUAUUACGUGUCUGGAAAGAAGAGGGAAUAAGGAAGCUGUUUUCUGGAGCCUCAAUGGCCGCUAGUAGAGGGGCCAUGGUCACUGUGGGGCAGCUGUCCUGUUAUGACCAGGCCAAGCAGCUGGUUCUAGGAACUGGUUUGAUGACUGAUAAUAUUUUCACUCACUUUGUUGCCAGCUUCAUCGCGGGAGGUUGUGCUACUGUUCUCUGUCAGCCUAUGGAUGUGGUAAAAACCAGGCUGAUGAAUUCAAAAGGGGAAUACAGGGGGGUGAUUCAUUGUCUGUCUGAUACUGGAAAACUCGGACCUAAAGCUUUCUACAAGGGCCUUGUCCCAGCUGGAAUCCGUCUGAUUCCUCACACUGUACUUACUUUCAUCUUUCUGGAGCAGCUCCGAUUGUACUUUGGCAUUAGAGUCAUCACUUCUACAUGAACUCUGACCUCCUGGUAUUAACGUCAGUUUCAGGUGAUCCCUUCACAAGCAGACAGUAAUAAAAUCAGGUGUAAAUGCGGUCCAAAACAUUAUGAAACCACAUUAGGUGGACAGAAACACCAAUUCAAACCAAGAAGGACCACCUGCUCACCUGUCAGUCUCAAACAACGUUUCUAGUCAUUUAGGCCUUUUAAAGAAUAUAGCCUAACCGAAAUAUUUGGAAAAUCCUGCACAAGACUUCAUGGAAACUCUGAUGCCGUUCGGUUUAUAAAUGAAUAAGCCUCAAAAUGUCACAUUUGUGGGGAGAUUAGAAUUUGAAGCGUAUUUGGAAGCAACUAUGUUCUCAACCUUCUCUUGUGGGUGACCGCUUGUGAUUAAAUUGACGAAUGGAUGUUAAUACCAGGUGUAAACAGCUCAAAUGCACCUGACUGCUGUAGUGUCUCAAAACACAAAAGCGAGCUUGUUGCUCUACGCAAUAAGAAGUAGAGAAAUGGGUUCCAGGUUCCCGGGAAGCACUGGCCAAGGAACAUGAUUGAUGAGAAGAAAAAAGUACUGUUGACAACAGCUGUACCUUUCUUUAGCUGUCUGUUUUUUUAUAAUAAUCAUUUUGCAGUGCCAUUAUUAUUAACAUUCAAGUUGCCUGCAUGUGAUAAUGUUUGCCAUAUAUUAGGUCUAUUUAUUUAAUAUCGUUUACGUUCUGUUGACUGUGAGAUGUAGUUUCUGUGGUUAAAAAAUUCCUACGUUUUCAUUUACCUGAAAUGAUCUCGAACUCACACAAAUACAGCAUUUCACAAUUGCGAUAUUUAUAUUUAUAAUACAGUACAACGUUUUAACCAUUCUGUUGGAGUCAUUGCUGUCUUUAUACUAAUGUAAUAUAUGCUAUGUCCUACAGGUGGCAGUGCUGCAUUGUCUUUAACUCAAUGGUUCGAGGUAAACUCAGGCUUUCAUUGGGUGGGAAAGUGUCAGCAUGUAAAAUAUCCAUGCUAUUAAGAUAUAAUUACAGCAAUCAGCUUUCUUAUCUGUAUUCAUUCUUUACUUGUUAUAUGAGGUUAAGUAUGUUCUUGUGGAGAUGUUCAGAAAAGGGUGAUUUGACAGGUCAAGGAGUCGAACUGUACUCAGAAAAAAAAUCUAAUCUGGAUGUAAGGAAAUUAUUGACUGUGGCAAAGAGCUUGAUUGACAGGUGAUCUGACCAAUCAGAACGCAUAUGUUAUGAGCUGCUGUCCGCCAUCUUACCAAAUAUUGGCUGGUCUCUAAAGAAAUAUAUGUAAAUACAUAUACAUCCUUUACUGCAAAAAAAUGAUAAAAAUGGCGCUGUGUGCUUUUUAAAAACAUUUUCAUGGCUUUCAUGCUAUAUUUUUGGCUCUGAGAAUAUGUAAAUAUGCAUAUGCCAGUAGCACCAGAUGUAUCUCUUCUAGCCUUAACCACAAAUCAGAAAGAAGUGUAGUCCACCUCGGUGGACUUUCAACUUAACAUGAUGUGUUCUGCGAUUUAAACAAAAUACUUCCUAAUGUUCAUUCAUUUUAAUUCCAUCCUUUAAAUAUGAAAAGAUGAUCCAUUCACGUGUUUGAAGUUGGGCAAUACAGUGAUCUGUCACAACACAUUAAAGAGCCACAAAAGGGUUUGAAUUGCCGUAAAAAUACAUUCACGACUGGCCUCUUUGCAAACGGCAAACCCUCACUACUUCACUGACUGUAAAACAUACGCUUAUAUACUGUGACAUGACCCCAGGAGCCCUGUUAAUGUGUUUAUUUGUAUUUUCCAUUCUCAGUUCUUUACCAAAGUAUGGGAAUACUAUUGCUUCCCUUUAGAGUGACAUUUGUAAGAUCUUUCUCUGUUUCGACGUUUGAGGCAAUUGCGUGGAACGCUGAGAUGUACAAUAAGAGAGACGAUGUGAGAGAUGUAUGAGAUACUGUGAAAGACUAGGCUAAUCUCCGUUCCAAUCUGUCUGGCUUGUUCCAUCCAUUUUUUUCUCUGUGUAAAACCUUACAUAACUUGGCUGAAAAACAACAUCUAUGUAAUGUCAGCGUGUGUGAUUAGUUUCUAGGAGCUUUUGAAGUCUGCAGAUACGAUUUCUCACAAAUGGGAAUUUUAUGAAGCUACUUAUAUUUGCUACCUACUGCAACACUAUAUGGUACCUAAAAAUGUGUACUUUAUAUUUAAACGUUUCAUUCGUUUACUUGCAUGAUGUUCC